AUUGCGUCCAAGCUGUGAGAUUCACACACCCGCCCAAGCGCACUCCUCGGGAACGGGACAGAGGAGAGAGAAGCGAGCACCGCAACGAGACGCGGCGCUGACACCCGCGCCCAUUGCUUCUCCCAUUCCCUCUCCUCCGCAGCCCCCGCUUCGCCUCCCACCUCCACCUCCUCCCCACAUCCUCCUCCCAUCACCACCAGCAGGCUCGCUCUUCCUCUCCUCUCUCCCGGAGCCUCAAUCCGGCUAGCAUCUGUGCGUGUGCACUGGUUUCUGCAGGAAGCGGGUGAGGAAGGCGAGCAAGCAGCGGUUGAGAUUCGUCUGAGCGUGAAAGAACGAAGCGAGGGAGACGUUGAGAUUCGUGCGAUGAGCGGAUUCUCUGCCGCGGCCUCCGCAGCGGCGGCGGAGCGGUGCGCGCUCGCGAUCCGCGCGCGGCCCGCUGCCUCCUCGCCAGCGACGAGGCAGCAGGCGUCCAUCCGCCGCAGCGCGGGCCCGCGCCGCCCCGCCACGCUCGCCGCAUCCUGCCGCGGCCCCGUCGCGCCCCGCGCCGUCGCCACGCCCGCCGACCGCGCAUCCCCUGACCUUGUCGGAAAGUUCACGCUGGAUUCCAACUCCGAGCUCCAGGUUGCAGUGAACCCUGCGUCACAGGGCUCAGUGACGGAGAUCGACCUGGAGGUGACCAACACCAGUGGCUCCCUGAUUCUGCAUUGGGGCGCUCUCUGCCCGGACAGGAGAGAUUGGCUCCUUCCAUCCAGGCGACCUGAUGGAACAGCAAUGUACAAGAACAGGGCCCUUAGGACACCUUUUGUAAAGUCAGGUGAUAACUCCACUCUGAGAAUUGAGGUAGAUGAUCCUGCAGUGCAAGCUAUUGAGUUCCUCAUCUUUGAUGAGACACAGAACAAAUGGUUUAAAAAUAAUGGCCAGAAUUUUCAAAUUCGCCUCCAGUUGAGCCGCCAUGAUGGUAAUGGUGCAUCUGGUGCCUCCUCUUCUGCUACUUCUACCUUGGUGCCAGAGGAUCUUGUGCAGAUCCAAGCUUACCUUCGAUGGGAAAGAAAGGGAAAGCAGUCGUACACACCAGAGCAAGAAAAGGAGGAGUAUGAAGCUGCACGAGCCGAGUUAAUAGAAGAAUUAAAUAGAGGUGUUUCUUUAGAGAAGCUUCGAGCUAAAUUGACAAAAGCACCUGACGCGCCUGAGUCAGAUGAAAGUGAUUCUCCUGCAUCUCAAAUUACUGUUGAUAAAAUUCCAGAGGACCUUGUACAAGUCCAGGCUUAUAUAAGAUGGGAGAAAGCGGGCAAGCCAAAUUAUCCUCCUGAGAAGCAACUGGUCGAGUUUGAGGAAGCAAGGAAGGAACUGCAGGCUGAGGUGGACAAGGGAAUCUCGAUUGAUCAGUUGAGAAAGAAAAUUUUGAAAGGAAACAUUGAGAGUAAAGUUUCCAAGCAGCUGAAGAACAAGAAGUACUUCUCUGUAGAAAGGAUUCAGCGCAAAAAGAGAGAUAUCAUGCAAAUUCUUAGUAAAUAUAAACAUACUGUUAUAGAAGAGCAAGCAGAAGUUGCACCGAAACAACCAACUGUUCUUGAUCUCUUCACCAAGUCAUUACAGGAAAAUGGUGGCUGUGAAGUUCUAAGCAGAAAGCUUUUCAAGUUCAGCGGUAAAGAGAUACUGGCAAUUUCCACCAAGGUUCUAAACAAAACAAAAGUUCACUUGGCAACAAACCAUACAGAGCCACUUAUUCUUCACUGGUCAUUGGCGAAAAAGCCCGGAGAGUGGAAGGCACCUCCUUCAAACAUAUUGCCAUCUGGUUCAAAAUUGCUAGAAAUGGCAUGUGAAACUGAAUUUACUAAAUCUGAAUUGGAUGGUUUGCAUUACCAGGUUGUUGAGAUAGAGCUUGAUGAUGGGGGAUACAAAGGGAUGCCGUUUGUUCUUCGGUCCGGUGAAACAUGGAUAAAAAAUAAUGGCUCUGAUUUUUACCUUGAUUUCAGCACCCGUGAUACGAGAAAUAUUAAGGCAAUUGACACUGGUGAUGCUGGUAAAGGCACUGCUAAGGCGUUGCUGGAAAGAAUAGCAGAUCUGGAGGACGAUGCCCAGCGAUCUCUUAUGCACAGAUUCAACAUUGCAGCAGAUCUAGUUGACGAAGCCAGAGAUGCUGGACUGUUGGGUAUUGUUGGACUUUUUGUUUGGAUUAGAUUCAUGGCUACAAGGCAACUAACAUGGAAUAAGAACUAUAAUGUGAAGCCACGCGAGAUAAGCAAAGCACAGGAUAGGUUUACAGAUGAUCUUGAAAAUAUGUACAAAACGUAUCCACAGUACAGAGAGAUAUUAAGAAUGAUAAUGGCUGCUGUUGGUCGUGGAGGUGAAGGUGAUGUUGGUCAACGUAUUCGUGAUGAGAUAUUAGUGAUACAGAGAAAUAAUGACUGCAAAGGUGGAAUGAUGGAAGAAUGGCACCAGAAAUUGCACAACAAUACAAGCCCAGAUGAUGUGGUUAUAUGCCAGGCAUUAAUUGAUUAUAUCAAUAGUGAUUUUGAUAUAAGUGUUUACUGGGACACCUUGAACAAAAAUGGUAUAACCAAAGAGCGCCUCUUGAGCUAUGAUCGUGCAAUACAUUCAGAACCAAAUUUCAGAAGUGAACAGAAGGAAGGUUUACUCCGUGACCUGGGAAAUUACAUGAGAAGCCUCAAGGCUGUGCAUUCCGGUGCUGAUCUUGAGUCUGCUAUAGCAACUUGUAUGGGAUACAAAUCAGAGGGUGAAGGUUUCAUGGUUGGUGUUCAGAUCAAUCCAGUGAAGGGUUUGCCAUCUGGAUUUCCUGAAUUGCUCGAAUUUGUGCUUGACCAUGUUGAGGAUAAAUCACCGGAACCACUUCUUGAGGGGUUGCUGGAAGCUCGAGUUGAACUGCACCCUUUGCUUCUUGAUUCGCCUGAACGCAUGAAAGAUCUUAUAUUUUUGGACAUUGCUCUUGAUUCUACCUUCAGAACAGCAAUUGAAAGGUCAUAUGAGAGACUCAAUGAUGCAGCCCCUGAGAAAAUCAUGUACUUCAUCAGUCUUGUCCUUGAAAAUCUUGCCUUAUCAAUUGACGACAAUGAAGACAUCCUGUACUGCUUAAAGGGAUGGAACCAAGCCUUGGAAAUGGCUAAGCAAAACGACGACCAAUGGGCUCUCUACGCUAAAGCGUUUCUUGACAGAAUAAGACUUGCCCUUGCGAGCAAGGGAGAACAAUACCAUAAUAUAAUGCAGCCCUCGGCUGAGUAUCUUGGCUCAUUACUCAGCGUAGACCAAUGGGCAGUCAAUAUCUUCACAGAAGAAAUUAUACGUGGUGGAUCAGCAGCCACUCUGUCCGCUCUUCUGAACCGAUUUGAUCCUGUUCUAAGGAAUGUUGCCCAGCUUGGAAGUUGGCAGGUUAUAAGCCCAAUUGAAGUAUCAGGUUAUGUAGUUGUGGUUGAUGAGUUACUUGCUGUCCAGAACAAAUCUUAUGAUAAACCAACCAUCCUUGUGGCAAAGAGUGUCAAGGGAGAGGAAGAAAUACCAGAUGGAGUUGUAGGUGUGAUUACACCUGAUAUGCCGGAUGUUCUGUCCCAUGUGUCAGUCCGAGCAAGGAAUAGCAAGGUACUGUUUGCGACCUGUUUUGACCAUAGCACCCUGUCUGAACUUGAAGGAUAUGAUCAGAAACUGCUUUCUUUCAAACCUACUUCUGCGGAUAUCACCUAUAGGGAGACGGCGGAGAGUGAACUUCAGCAAUCAAGUUCUCCAAAUGUAGAAGGUGGCCAUGCACCAUCUGUUUCAUUAGUCAAGAAGAAGUUUCUUGGAAAAUAUGCAAUAUCAGCUGAAGAAUUCUCUGAUGAAAUGGUUGGGGCUAAGUCUCGGAAUAUAGCAUACCUCAAAGGAAAAGUACCUUCAUGGGUUGGUGUCCCUACGUCAGUUGCGAUACCAUUUGGCACUUUUGACAAGGUUUUGUCAGAUGGGCUUAAUAAGGAAGUAGCACAAAACAUAGAGAAACUUAAGAGCAGACUUGCUCAAGAAGAUUUUAGUGCUCUAGGCGAAAUAAGAAAAGCUGUUCUUAACCUUGCUGCUCCUAUGCAAUUGGUUAAGGAGCUGAAGGAGAAGAUGCUAGGCUCUGGAAUGCCUUGGCCUGGAGAUGAAGGCGAUCAACGUUGGGAACAAGCAUGGAUGGCUAUUAAAAAGGUCUGGGCUUCGAAAUGGAACGAAAGAGCAUAUUUUAGCACACGCAAGGUGAAGCUCGAUCAUGAGUACCUGUCAAUGGCUGUUCUUGUGCAAGAAAUUGUGAAUGCAGAUUAUGCCUUUGUCAUUCAUACUACGAACCCAUCGUCUGGAGAUUCUUCUGAGAUUUAUGCUGAAGUGGUGAAAGGGCUCGGAGAGACCCUUGUGGGAGCCUAUCCUGGUCGUGCCAUGAGCUUUGUUUGCAAAAAAGAUGAGCUCGACUCUCCAAAGUUACUUGGUUACCCAAGCAAGCCAAUUGGUCUCUUCAUAAGGCGGUCAAUCAUCUUUCGUUCUGACUCCAACGGCGAGGAUCUGGAAGGUUAUGCUGGAGCAGGAUUAUAUGAUAGUGUACCGAUGGAGGAGGAGGAUGAGGUUGUACUUGACUACACAACUGACCCUCUUAUUGUAGACCAUGGAUUCCGAAACUCAAUCCUCUCAAGUAUUGCACGGGCUGGACAUGCCAUUGAGGAGCUCUAUGGAUCCCCUCAGGACGUUGAGGGAGUUGUAAAGGAUGGAAAAGUCUAUGUGGUCCAAACAAGGCCACAGAUGUAGUAUGUUAUGUAUAGCCAGCUCAAAUAGACACUGUUGUUGUAGGGUGGGAUAUGGGUGUUAUGACAUGUACAACACAUGUACACUCUCUUAUAUAUGCAUAUAUAUAUGCUGAAAUAAGCAUUUGUCGUCCUGUAUAGUUUGUAAAGCUCUUUGUGACCAAUAAGUGUACUUCUAUAACCGUGUUGACUUGUUGAGCAAUAUAAAUUUACAUACACAUUUCUGCAAA